GGGACCUGAGAGGUGCGGCCUGCCCGCCGGAAGGUUGACGCGGAAACACUCGCUCGCAGCGCGCCUGCGCAGGUCUAGGCCUUUGCGAUCGGUCGCGCGGAAAGUGGGGUGAAGAGCGGGUAUUUUGAGGAGACCCUGCAGCGAUGGCGUCUGGCAGCAGUUCCGAUGCGGCGGAGUCGGCAGAGCCGGCGGCGGCGCCCGCAGCAGCAGAGACGGAGGAGGAUCAGGUGAAGAGGCGGCGGCUUCAGUCCCUGGGAUUUGCGUUGGUGACGAGCUGCGACACUACGGUGGCUUCCACUUUCCUGUCGGAGAACAACUGGCAGACGAAAAAAGCGUUGAGCGCCUUCUUCGAGCAGCCAGAGAACGACCUAGCGCGGCCUCACCAGCCUCCGACAUCCUCCAAGUCCGAGGACUAUGUUGAUCUAACCAAUGAGGAUGCAAAUGAUACCACCAUUUUAGAAACCAGUCCAUCUGGAACUCCUCUAGAAGAUAGCAGCACUAUCUCUUUCAUUACCUGGAAUAUUGAUGGAUUAGAUGGAUGCAAUCUCCCAGAGAGGGCUCGAGGGGUACAGUCCGGACGUGGUAUUUCUACAGGAAGUGAUUCCCUCCUACUGUGCCUACCUAAGGAAGAGAGCACGCACUUACAACAUUAUUACAGGUAAUGAAGAAGGAUAUUUCACAGCUAUAUUAUUGAAGAAAGGAAGAGUGAAAUUUAAAAGUCAAGAAAUUAUUCCUUUUCCAAAUACCAAAAUGAUGAGAAACCUUCUGUGUGUAAAUGUAAGUUUAAGUUUGGGGUGGUUUCUUUCUUUUUCUAUUUUUUUUUUUUUGGUUGACUUUUGAAGGAAUUGCCUUUAUAGAUACAUUUAUAAAGGCCUCUGUGUGUGUAUGUGUGUGUAUGAGUGUGUGUCUCUGUGUGUGUGUGUCUGUAUCAGUCAGUCAGAACUUUUAGGACUCAGUUCACUUCUUCCAUCACAGGUUCUUGGGAUCAAACUCAGGUUGUCAGAGGCUCUUACCAUAUCACUGGGACAAUUUUUUAAACCCUAUUUGUGUCUGUCUGUAUGGGUGUGGAGGUCAGGACAACUUCUAGGAGUCAGUUUUCAUUUCCCACUGUGGUUCUGUGUAUUGAUUUCAGAUCGUCAGGCUUGUGGAAUAAGUGAGUCAUCUCACUGCCCCUUUAUGGACAUAUUUUAAAUAGUCUCAGAAAACUUGGAUUUCAUAUAAUUUUAGAUGCAAACUUUAAAAUGUAAAAUAAAAAUGCAAAAAUGCAAAAUAAAAAUGGUAAUGGGGAGGAUGGGGAGGGGAACACCCACAUAGAAGGGGAGGGGGAGGGAUUAGGGGGAUGUUGGCCUGGAAACCGGGAAAGGGAAUAACACUUGAAAUGUAAAUAAGAAAUACCCAAUUUAAUAAAGAUGAAAAAAAGUUAAGUAAAAAAAAUGCAGAGCUGAAUUCUUAACUGAUUAGAUAUUUUCUUAAGAAUGUGACAACACAUUAGGAGAUGUUGGAAUAGAUGUCACCUUGUUGGAGGAAGUGAAUCACUCUGGGGUUGGGCUUUGAGACCCUCUUCCUUACCAUGUGGGAAACAGUCUUCUCCUGUUUAACUUUGAACAAGAUGUACAACUCUCAGCUUCUCUCGUGCCAUGUCUGCUGCCUGGACACUGCCAUUCUUCCUGUUACAAUGAUAAUGGACUACACCUCUGAACCUGCAAGUCAGACCCAAUUAACUGUUUCCUUCAUACGAGUUGCCUUGGUCAUGGUGUCUCUUCACAGCAAUGAAACUUUAACUAACAUAAAGUCUGAACUAAAAAAUGUCCUACAGCAUAUGCUGUUUCAAAUAAAAUUCUCUAGUUACACGUUAAAAAAAAAGGACAACAGUUGGCUAAAGGAGAACAUUUGUCAAGUAAUUUGUUCUAGCAAUGAGAAAAAUAAUACAGCACAUAGAUAGCUCUAAGGAACUUUAGCUCAUAGCUGGGGGAAGGCAUGGUAGUGGGUGUGAAGCACCUAGGGCUUUUGUAGACCAGGCUGCCCUGGAACUCAGGAAUGAGAUGGAUAUGGUGCUCAGCUUUCUCUUUUCUCCUUUUUUAUUCAGUGCACGAAUAGAACCCUGUGGAAAUGGAAACACCCAUGACAAACCUUUGCAAGUUGCAGCAAGGGUAAACCUGUGGGUGUGGAUGAGCUUAUGUCAUGUUGGGGUGAUCAGCACUGUGUUAGUUAUUUUUCCAAUUAGUAUAACAAAGUGUCUGACAAAGGCAAUAUUAAAAAGAAUUCAUUUUGACAUAUAGUUGUAGGAUACUGACAUGGUGGUAAGGCAGGAGCAGCUAGUCACAUUGUGUCCACAGUUAGAAAGCAAAAUAAGGACUUCUGGUGUUCAGCUCGCUUUCCCCCUUUUUUUCAGUUUGGGACCUCAUCUCCCACUGGGGCCCCUUAUUUAACAUUUUAGGGUGGGUCUUUCCAUCUUAAGGAAGCUAAUCUGAAAUUUCCCUCAGACAUUCCUAGAAAUUUGCUUUCUAGGUGAUUCUAGAUUCUAUCAAGUUGACAGUAUUAACCACCAUCCCGAGUGUGGAGAGGUAGUGGAGUGUUGACAGGAGAUUAAAAAGUAGGCAGGAUCCAGAUUAUAGGUUUGAACUGAUUAAAAUGACUCUGCAGGCAUUGCAAUAGGCAUUGCAACACAUUCCGUGUGUUAGUAUCUUAAUUGUAAAUGAUAAAUGACUUCAUUCAGGUAACUGAUUAUUUUGAGUGUGGGUUGUCUGUGUAUACAAGUAACUCAUGGCUUCAUGGAACCGGGAAAUAGCUGUCCUUUUAUCUGUUUGGGACCUUUUAUAGCAGUCUGUUUACCUUGGAAUUGGAUCCUAGAGAGGUGUAAGCCAUUGAUGGCCUGGAGCUACUGGAGAAGGGGCACAGUUGAGGUAUUAUAUGGAUAGUUCUUGUUUCUAAAUAGUUACCAUGGGUGGGAAUGUACCUUCUGCUCUUCAUUUAGGAAUAGUACUGACUGGUUUCAGAUGAGUAAAUACAUUCCAGUUAGUUAAUCUGCGGUUGGAGCCUGUUACUAGCACUAGUGGUCAGUGGCCAGUUCAAUUGUAAUUAUUCUGUUGUAGGUGAGUUUGGGUGGAAAUGAAUUUUGCCUUAUGACAUCCCAUUUGGAGAGCACAAGAAAACAUUCUGCUGAACGAAUAAAUCAAUUAAAAACUGUUUUUCAAAAAAUGCAAGAGGCUACAGAUUCAACUACUGUUAUAUUUGCAGGAGAUACAAAUUUAAGAGAUCAAGAAGUAAGUAACAGAAUUGAUUCAGUGUUUGUGGGGAGAGUAUUGCUAUUUAAUUUGGAUUCAUUUUAUUCAAGGUAUUAUGGACUUGAAAUACAAGGUAGGAAACACUGUUGUAUCUUUUGUAUAAAAUGUGCACAAAAGAGGCCUUUACACUAUUAGGGGAAACCCUGCUAUAUUAUAUUAGUUAGAUAAAUGAGUAUUAGAAUAAGAUAAGAAUUAUAAGAAUUUUAAUUAAAGUUAAAAUAGGGUAUUUGUAGCAUUCCUACGUAUAAGAAGACCUAAUCCUCUUAUGACUUGAAAUCAACUUUUUAAAAUACUUUAUUGCUGGGUGCUGUGGCCCGUGCCUUUAAUCAUAGCACUUGGGUGUCAGAGACAGGCAGAUCUCUGAAUUCAAGGCCAGCCUGAUAUGCAGAGUGAAUUGUAGUACAGCCAGAAUUACACAGAAACCCUGUCUUGAAAAACAAUAGUCCUGAGAGACACAUCCAGAGCAUGUCCAAUACAGAGGUCAGUGCUAGCAGCAAACCACCGAACU